CAUUUUAUUAGAACGUAUGACCGUUACACUGACGUCACCCGGUAACGGCCGUCUUGCUCGUGCCCGUUUAAUCGUCAGAAUGGAGAAAAACCGAGGGUUUAACUUCAAAUUAUAUGUGCCUCCCAGGGUGAACAGUGGCCAGAUAUCUGCUGAUAAACCUCAGGAUUAUAGUAAAUGUUAUGACAAAGAACCAAACGUGACUUUCUCCAGCACUAGUUUGCCUGCGCUACCUAAACCUCCCCGACAAGACUUUCCCAAGAUGAAAGCAGUGUCACCAAUGAAAAAGGACGAGGAUUAUUGCCGUCCUGGACAGCUUUAUUCAAAGCUGUUUGAUGAAGUAGAGAAAAUUAAGUGUUGGAAAUUCAAAGUUGACUCGGAUACUGUGCAAAAGGAAAGGCUACUUCAAGAAAACAAAAGAAUAAUUGAAACUCAACGCCUUGCCAUUCAAGAAUUGCAGUUUGGAAAUGAAAGUCUCAGCAUAAAAUUGGAGGAACAGAUUGCUGAAAAUGAGGAUUUAAGGAACAAAAAUAGUGCAACCAGGAACUUGUGUAAUUUACUCAAAGAUACUUUUGAGAGGUCAGCUGAGAAAAUGAAUUUGUUUGAAUCUGAAAGAGAAGAAACUCAUCAUCUAUUCAUAGAAAACAGCGAGAGUAUUCAGAAACUAACUGCAGCAUUUGAAAGCCUUCAAAUUCAGACAGAAGCUGAUCAAGAAGAGCUGCAGAAGGCUAAAGAGAGCUUGCUUUGUUUGGAAGAACUAAAACUGAAAUACCACGAAUGUAAGAUGAAAAAAGAGGAGGUUGCAGGGCUUCAAGCAACACUCAAGGAAAAGGGAGACGAACUAGAACAAGCUCUGUUAGAGCUACAUGAAUCCCAAAAGCAUUGCCAACAGCUUCAGGAGACAACAAAUCAACAGUGUGAACUUCUCAGAAGCUCAAAAACACAAAUGGAAUCCCUUUGUCAGAAACUGAAAACUGCUGAGCAGCGCUGUAACGAAAGUAAGGAAUCUCUGGAAGCCAUUACUGCAGCCCAGGAACAAAGUACAAAAGAAUAUACUAAGAUCAUCCAAACUAAAGAUGUAAGCUUGCAAGAACUAAUCAAAGUUAACAGUCAGCAAGCAGAGAAACUGGAGCAGAUUAGGGCAACCAUUGAGGAGCUGCAGAGUUCACUAUUUUUAAAGAUACAGAGAGUCAAAGAACUUGAGGAUGAACUUACAGCAAACACCAAUGACAUGGAAAAAACACAGACCCUGCUAGGAGAGCUCAUGGAGCAGAGUUUAAAGAAAGACGAGCAGAUCAUAAUCCUUGAAAGUAAUCUGGACAAGCGAUCUAAGUCCUUUGAAUCAAUGAAGUGUGAGCUUGACAUUACUAAUAUCAGAGUGGCCGAACUGACAGUUGAGCUUUCAAAGAAAAAUGAAGAAGCCAAGAGAUUUAAGACUUCUAUCUUACAGAAUGAAGCAGAGAGGGCUUUUGCUGAAAACGAUCACCUGAAAAAAGCUUGUGACACUGCUGAAAAGGCACAUGAGGAUUCAAAGGAAAAUUCUACUGUGAAUGAGAUCAAAGUGCAGGAGCUAGAGGCAAAAUUGUUGUUUGAAACUAGGAAAAACAAGGAGCACGUCUAUCAGAUAGAGCUGCUGAGAAAUGAUAUCAUACUGCUUAAUGUAAAACACGAUGAGUUAUUAUCCAAAUUUAAUGAGCUUCAGUCUGAGAAGAUGGCCAUUGAACAGCAGUUUGAGGGUCGAUCCUCUUUCCUGAAAGAUACUGAGACAAAGAUAAAGGUGAGCGAAGAGAGAGUGGUAAGACUCACGAAAGAAAAUCAUAGACUUGAAGAAGAAAAUCAGUCUUUACAUGGGGAAUUGAACUCCAUUAAAGACAAAAUCGAGAGGAAAUGGCAAAAAGCUGAGACCCUACAGAAGAAAUUUGAAGAAAAUUGUGAACAUUUGCAGAAGAAAGUUACAGAGAAAGAAAAGCAGAUUAAAGCAGUGGAGACAAAGCUUUGUAGCUUUAGGAAAAAAAUUGAAGCGAGGCUUAAAGCCAAGGAGGAAUACCAAAAAGAGAGUAAACUGUUUAAGAAGCAAAUAGCCAGGGAGGUUGCAAAAUCCAGUCAACUCGAAAGUGUGAUCAGCAGCCUUCACGAAGAGUCCCAGAACCUUAAAAGACUGAACGAGGAAGACAAUCAAAAUUUGCUUAAAGAUCUUGAAGCCAAAUCAGCCUUUGUAGCAAAGCUUGAAAAUGAGCUACAGGAACUUAGAUUAACAGCCGCUGAGGCCAUGAAGAACAAAGAAGAUGCAGAACUCAAGUGUCAACAGAAGAUAUCAGACAUGGUUGCACUGAUGGAAAAACAUAAGAGCCAAUAUGACCGUAUGGUUGAAGAAAAUGAAGCUGAGCUUCAAGAAAAUAAGAAGAAAGAGGCUGAGGCUGUUGCCCACAAAAAAUCAUUGGAGUUAGACCUCUUGAAGCACAAGACAGAAAAUGAUCAACUGAAAAAACAGCUGAAGAAAGAAACAAGAGAGAAGGAAAAACUACAAAAGGAGAUGACAGAUUUGAAAACAGAAGUGUCAUCAAAGAAAGGGAUGAGUCAGCUGUCUGAGGCAGUGGACAAGCAGUCACAUGUUUGGAACUAUAAACAAGGAAGAUGUUCAGGAACUCCAAAAGAGAGCUCUUCAAAGAGACCAACAUUUGAUGUGUUUGAUUUCUCUAAGGCCAGAAAAGCUCUGUACAAGGACGAUGGGGGUGUGUUAGUGAAAACAACAGAAUCUGAAACUGAAUCCCUCAGAACAUUAUGUGGAACAUCACCAAAGACAAAGGACAUUUACACUGAAGAGGUGCCAAAUUCAAGAAGUGUCACAAAGACUGUUGGCAGCUCAUCAAAAAUCAAAUCCUACAGAAUAAGGACACCACCUUCUGGUGAAAAAGCAACAUAUUGGGGUAAGGCAGCCAUUGAGAUUGACCCCGCAUCUGACAGCCCUAAUCGGAAUGAUCUCUUGACCUUAGCAAAUACACCCACAUCUGUUCUUUCUGCUCCCCACUGCAAAGCCAGCACCCGUAAAAAGAUUCAGAGUCCUGUCACUCACAAAUCACCAGGUAAUUCACUGAAGCUAGCUGCAAUGAAAAGAAUGAGAGAUGCUGGUUGGAUUGCUGUUACAGGCUGUGACAAGAAAAAGAAGAGCAAUGAGAAAGUAUUUGCGUAAGCGAUCUGUAUUAAUAUUAAAAAAUGUAUUCUUACUCUUCCGGUUCCAGUUUAGGAGUUCUUACCAUUUUCGCUGUUCAAUUGAAUUCUUUAUUUUCUCUAUUGUUUAUACAGUGUCAUUAUUUCUGUUCUGCACUUAUUCUUAUGUGCUCUGGAGUUCUGGAGUUCUUUUUCUGUUAUUAAAGGUUCUGCUCAGUCAGCA